AUGCCUAAUUUCCUCAAAUCCAUAUUCAAACCCAAUCCUUCCCAAACCUACUCCCCUUCUCCUUCAAAGUACGCCAAGUACAGAGAGAAUGAGGAUACUCGACGUGGAGAUGGACAAUUUUUCGAACGACGAGACUUACUUGCUGAAUUGCUCAGAACGGAAUUACGUUCAACAUCCGGUAGUCCAUCUAGCCCAGUAGAGACAUACGAUGAUGAUCAAAACUCUCGUGCUAGAGGGUAUGAUAAAGAUACGAUAUAUGACCUGAUUGAUACGGUCAAAAGCGAAAGCCAAAGUAAAAGUAGGUCAGAUGAAGAUAUGAAGAGGUUGAUCAAAGCUUUAGAAGAUAUAGAAGCUGAAGAUCAUCACAUUGUCAAGAGUAAAAGUAAGACGAAGAGUAAAGGUAAAGCCAAAGCGAAGGAUACUGACCCAGCUUACGAAGAUGGUAGACUACUCGAUCCAGUCAUUCAGAUAGGUUCAAAAGCUAUAGAAUCCGGUGAAUUCCUCUUAAAGUCUUUUAUAGGUCGAGGACCGAAUUCACCUUUACUUGGAAGAGUGAUAGCUCUGUUAGAAGCUCAGAGAGAUGAGUUGGAGGAUGUUAAUCCAUUUACAGGGAAGAGAAGAUAUCCAGCUUUGAAUACCCUGGAACAGAUAUACCAAAAGGUAAACAUUGGUUUGAGAGAUAUAAGGGGUAUGAUAGAGGGUGAAGCGAGGGAUGCCCUACUCGGCUUGAUCCAGGUCUUGCAAGAAGGACCGGAUUACUUGAUCGAUAUCAUCCUAAUCACAUCGAUAAUUCACCAAUCAUCCAUCAUCUCCAUCCCAUUUUCCAAUGAGAUACGUGGGAUAUUGGACAAAGCGGUAGAUGAUCAGAUUGAUCUUAAUAAUUUCAGAAAAACCGGGGAAAGUAUAAUCGCUAUUGCUUCUGCGUUGGAUAGGGAUUUGUUAGAAGAUAAGGAAUGUGAGGAGGCGUAUAAGAAGAUUGGAGUUUUGGUCAAGCAGUUACAAUUGAGAAUAUCCUCUUCUGCUCUACCUACACCUAUCUCAUCACUACCAGCCAGUCGAUCCACCUCUUUCUCAACCUCCACUACGACACCUACUCCACUGACUUUACCUAGUACACCUGACUUAUCGCCCAUCCCAUCUGUACCUUCUUCAUCCCCCUCCUCACCCAAAUUCACUUCAAUGACUGCAUCAGAUCUACAGAAACAGUACGGUACAGGUACAGGUCAAACUACACCUCUUCCAGGCUUAUCCUCAUAUCAACCUACUCCUCAACCUUCAGUCCCGCCUUCUCGCAGGGCAUCCUCACCCAACCCCUCGUCUGGAUCAUCAGCUUCUCAAGAAAUAUGGGAAUAUCGCGGACAGUUACUAACAGCCUCAGCUCUAGACCUAGUCCUAAGAGAGGAGAUGUUGCUCAUGGCAGAUUCGUCAAAUCAAUAUGCGGGAGAAGUGACAUAUGAUGAUUUGAGGAAAUGCUGGAUACCCAAACAUGUCAGAAAACUUCGUCCGUCCGAUUUGACCACCGAUGGGGAAAUACCUGAUACGACACCUGCAGGUUUCAAAUUGAAAGAAAAGGAUGAAUGGGGUAAUAAAAUUGGUUGGUAUGAUAAUGGGUCGGGGUUAAAGGAAAUGUAUUAUUUGGAAGAACCGAAAUUUGAAUUGCAAGAUGAUGAUUGA